AUGAGUUCCACAAGCACCAAAACCCCCCACGGUCUCCCCCCUUUCGAAGCCCUCCCUCUACGAGAAGGCGAUCCCUAUCUCUCCGCAUGGGGCCUCUACGGUGCGGACGAUCAAUUAGGAGCUCUGCAUCGAUUGAGUGAUGAGCAUGGUUUGUCUCCCUCCCUUCCUUCCCUUCCUUCCCUUAUCAAUCACCAAAUCAUCAAAUCACCAAUCCAUAAAAAAGGGCAUGGUCAUACGGGUGUAUGUAUGAUUAUGGGGACUAAUACGAAAUAGUUGCGCACUCGGCGAAAACGGAGAUCCUUAGUGGGGUGAGGAUCGGAUUGGAUGCGCCGUUGAAUCUGCAGACGCCGAGUGGGAAGGCGUUUUUUGGACGGGAGAUCUUUCAUCAGGAGGUGGUGUUGAAGGGACCUAGGGUGGUGAAUGAUGAUGUUUGGGUUUUUAAUUCGCAGGUUUGUUUUUUUUUGUUUUUUUUUGUUUUUUUUUGUCUUGUUCGCUUUUCAUCUUGUUCAAGUUCUGCUGCUCCUUAUAUUUUAAUUCUCAAGUUUGUUCUCAAGUUUGUUCUCAAGUUUGUUCUCAAGUUUGGCGAAUUGUCAUUUUUUGGAUUUGUUUGUUUUGGAGAUGCGAUUCUUGGGGUGUAUUGUACAAGUGUUUCGUGCUGAUUGAUGGGGUUCGUGGAAAAGGUAUCGACGCAAUGGGAUGGUCUUAGGCAUUUCGCGUACCAGAAGGAAGGACUGUUUUAUAACGGCACGACGGCGAGGGAUAUCCAUGGGUCUUCUUUGGGGGAGGGUCCGGUUACCUGUCGAACCUCUACGAGAGAUCCAGGGACGGAAGUUUUGGGGAUUCAAGGUUUAUCUCUCUCUCUCUCCCUUACUUACUUCCUCCACCCCCCCCCCCCAAAACCCCCAUCCAAAUGAAUGAAUACACAAACCCAUAACAAAGAAAAAGGAAAUCAAAACACUGAUGAAUAAACAGAGAUGGCAAAACGAGGCAUCAUAGGCAGAGCAGUCCUCCUAGACUACCACUCCUGGCGUCUCGCCCAGCCCGCACCCAGGGAAUACGAUCCCUUUGCGAGCGCAUCCAUCUCCUUGGAGGAGUUACUCGCUGUGGCGAAGGCUCAAGGGACGGAGAUCCGAUUUGGGGAUAUAUUGUUUACGCGAACAGGUAUGUACUGUACAUCAAAUCUUUCCACGUGCUAUUUCUUCUUCAUGAAUAGAGAGACUUUGAGAGAGAGAGAGACCGCUUCAUCACAAUUUCAAAGUAGCUUUCCACAGCCCAAGAACGAAAAUGAGACUGACGAGAAAUCAUACAAAGGCUACAAAGCAGUCCUCAACACCAAAACCGACCAAGAAGUAAGCACCUUGAAAGACGUCAUGCCCCCCCAUUUCGGAGGCGUCGAACAAAGUGAAGAGCUGGUGAAGUGGAUAUGGGAGCAUUUCAGUGCCGUCGCAGGCGAUCAACCCAGUUUUGAAUGUUGGCGUAUGUCCUACCCUUUCCUCUUCCCUUUCCCUUCCCAAACCUUUUCUCUUCUCAAAUCUACCUCUUCUCAAACCUUCCUACCUCUCAAAGUUUUAUUAAAUAUAUAUUGACCACCCACAGCAUCCGCAAACCCCAAACUUCUUCUGCACGAGGUUCUAUUGGCUGGAUGGGGCAUGCCAAUUGGUGAAUUGUUUGACUUGGAGAGUUUGGCGGAGCAUUGUAGGAAGGUUGGGAGAUGGAGUUUUUUUCUUAGUAGUGAGGUUUGUCAUGUUACUGGUGGGGUGGCAAGCCCACCUAAUGCAGUAGCUAUUUUCUGAUCGCAGGAUGGGAUUUUAUGAAGGUAGCUAGAUGUUUGGG